AUGUCCAAUAUUCCCAAAAAUAAUUUUAAUUUAGAAGAAAUAUAUGGAAUAAAUAAUUUAAAUAAUGAAAAUAUUUUAAAUAAUUAUGGAUCAUUAAUUCAAUCAAAUACAAAUUCUUAUCAAUUUCCUCAAUCUCAGGGAUAUUUUGUAGGAGGAGGGUUGGAAAAUUCCGGAAGAAUUAAAUUUCCUUUUAAAUUUAUUUUUAGUUAUUCCUCUAUUGGAAACCAAUUUGGUGAUAAUAAUAAUUUUAUUUAUGGAAAUGGAAUUCCUUCAGAAUUUGAUAUUGAGGGAAGAGAUGAAGAAGAAGAAGAACAAAGUGAUGAUUGGAAUGAAAAUCAACAACAAAAAUUUUCAGUUUCAACAGGCAAUUUAAUUGGAGAAGCAGCAGCACGGGCAGUGCUUGAAGGGUUGGAAGGGAAAGGAGGAAAGGGAGAACAACAAAUGAGAAAGACAUUAAUUGAAAAUAAUAAAAAUAAUUAUUUUAAAUUGGAUGAGCAGCCAUACAUUGAUUAUUUGAAUAUCGUUAACAAAAACAAUAAUAACCAAUUAAUUCCAAAUAUUUGGCAAUCUGAGGGAAGGAAAAAUUUAUGUGGAUCCUCAUCUUCAGGUGUUGCUCCUUUUGUAGGUUUGGAGACUUCUUUGCAAGGAAUUGAUAGUAUUAAAGAUCCUUGUCAACAAUCACCAACUACUUCAUUCUCUUCUUCAUAUCCGCCCCCACAAACAUCUAACAACAACAAUUUAAUUUCUUCAAAAUCAUUUAUAAAACCCCCAACUUCUUUUAAUUUAAAUAAUUUAUUAACUCAACCAACAACAAAUACCUCUUCCUCCUCCCUUUCCUCCUCUUUUUCUUCUUCCUCUUCAAAUAAUCAUUAUUCUCUUAGAGGUUCAGAUAUUCCCUUCCCUUUUGGCACUUUACAAAAUAAAGAGAAGGAAGAACAAUUAUUACCUUCUAAUUUAAAAGAAGAACAACAACACCAACAACCAAUUCAAAAAAGUGUUACAUCAAUUCAAGCACUUACACAACAAAUUUUACGACUUCCUGCCGUUUUAUAUGCCGAUUCAAGUUCCUCUGGAUCUCGUAAAUUAGAAACUUUGUUACGUGAAGUUUAUGGCCUUCCUUUAGUUACUUUUUAUGUUGAUAGAAUUGGGAAUGGUAAACCUAGGCUUGUUGAACGUAAUUUAGAACAAUUAACUGCUCAUCGUGGUCUUCCAUAUUUAUUUAUUUGUGGGACUUUUAUUGGAAGUAAAGAGCACAUUCAAAAUUACCACGAAAAACACCAAAUACCUCAAUUAGUUGAAUAUGUUUGUAAUGGAGAAGGAAAAAAGGAAACAACAAAAGAAAAUACAACAACAACAACAAAUAAUACUUCUUUAACUGAAAAACAAAAAAUACAAAAAUUAAAAUUAAUGGAUGAACAACAACAACCUUUAUUUAAUGAAAAAAUAAAGGAAAAUAAAAAUAAUUUUAAAAAUUUGAAUGAAAAAAUGGAAUGA